AUGCGGAAACUCGCGCGGCAAUUCCCCCUCGGCGGCGGGGCGCAACUUCCCCCUCUCUACACCCAGACGGACGAUCAGCGCCGCGAAGCCGCUGAGACGUUCAGCCCGACCGGCUUUGCGGAGGACUACGACGGGCGCCUUUGCAACGUUCACGCUGGCGGACAACUCGCGGGCGCGCCCGCCGGGCAGGCCAUCGACGCAGCCCACUCCGUCUGGCUGCAGGAACAAGGCGUGUGGAUUCCCCUCUACACCAACGAUCGCAGAGAAGACCGCCACGUCAUCUGCGAGGCGGGCACGUGGACUAUGCUGGCGGAGACCAUCCGCAACGCCCCCUCCAUCAAUGAGUUCAACCAGCACUCGCAGGCCCUCACCCACCGGAACAUCCUCUCUGCCGACAAGGUGUGGGCGCAGGCGGACCGCGUGGUGUGGUUCAACCAAAGCGACCAAAACAGCCACGGCGUCAACCUGUUCCAGUUGGGACGCCUCAAGGACUUCACCACCAACUCCGACGGCCACGUGUGGACGGUGGAGCAGCGGAGGACGAACGCGGCGGCGACGGAGUACGGCCACGCCGAAGCCAUCGAGUCGUACAACAUUCUGCCAGUGACGUCAGCACUGCAGCUCCACAUCUACCCCCACUGGCGACGUCAGUCGAUCGACGUCUACGACCCGCGGCACCUGGAGCGAACCCCCUCCUACUGUGGCCUGGCGUGGGACGUGCAGCAGAUGACGCAACCCCACGAGUUCGCCCCCGGCGCCUACUAUUUCUGGCUCAACCCCCUCGACUUCCAGAUGGCGGGCUGGCUGUGCCGAGGUGUUGCUGACGUCCCCGAUGACAUCGUCAAGUCGCGGGUGCUCGAGCGCCUCACUCCCGGCCAGUGCUUCACCGUCAUCAACCAGUGGAAAGCAACCCCCGGCUCCAACACUCCGAAGGACCACACGCGGGUGGUCCAGCGCGAGUGGUUGGGGAACUACUUCCACGCCAACGACGAGCAGUGGAAGAUGCAGCUUCUCCCCGCCAGCCGCUGCAACUCCAUCCGCUACUACAUGAUGGCCAGCGCCAGCAACGUGGCGCCACUUUCCCUCGUCCACGUGGACCGUACGUACCUGGCGCCGUACGGAACAUGGGGCUACAUCCUGCGCCAGUACCGGGUCAUCCCUCCGACCCCGCGGCGGCGCUUCUCUCUUUACGACGAGGCGAUCGCCAUCAUUCGGCGCAUCCCGCUCCCGGACGUCGCCAUCAUCGGGCUGGGCCCCAACACGGCGCCACGUCCUCCCCUCUUCUGGGCGUGCCACUGGCGCCCCGCUCACAUUCAGCUGCCACGUCAUCGCAUCCUGGACGGCCUGUACACUGUCGAUCAGUUCCUUCCCGACGAGGCGCGGUCCUACGUCGUCGCGUGUCUGCGCCGCACCCCCACUUGCUUCGACGCACCGGAAGAGCCCUGGGCGGAACGCGACCGCUCACCGGCGGCCAUCCGACCAGAGCGCGCACAAGAAGGCGCCGCGAGCAACCCCCUCGCUUGGCGGCUCAGCGUGCAGCGGCCGCCAUCCAGGAAGUGGCCGUCGCCGAGGCCGUUCAGCCCCCUGCCCCGGCGCCUUCUCCGGCGGAGCGGCCCCCGCCAAGGCGACCCUCGCGGCAGCCGCGCCCCAGUCCGCAGCCUCACUAACGAGCUGCUCGCGACCCCCGACCUCCAGCCCUCCAACCGGCGUGCCAGCAUGGGCAACAUCCCGGUCAUCGACAACCUCUGCCAGCUCAUCUCUGCCACGUCACGCGCAGACACCGGCCUCGCGCAGCACGUCUGCGCUUUUCUGCAGCGUUUAUGGCCACCGGUGCGCGGGCAGGCCCUUCGGCGGGCGGCCCCCCACCUGCACCUGGCGGCCGGGGCCCUCCGCGUGACAACUCUGGCGCUGGCGGCCGCGGCCACAGCUCCCCUGCCGACCAGCGAGACAACGGCGGCGGUGGCCGUGGCGGCGGCCGCGACAGACGCUCAACCCCUCCGGAUGACGGUGCGAAGCGAAGGCGCCUAG